CUGGAUAUUGUCGUUGCGAAUUAUGGCAACAAUCAAUUAGGUGUUCUUCUCGGGUGUAGCAAUGGCACCUUUUUCAGUCAAUUGACCUAUUCGACUGGGGAUUAUUCUGAGCCAUGCCAUCUUGCUGUCGGCGAUUUCAAUAACGACAAUCGAAUGGAUGUUGUCGUUGUCAAUUCAGGCAGUAAUAAUUUAGGCGUAUUUUUUGGCUAUGUUAGCGAUACUUUCUUAAGUGCACCAGCUUAUUUGAGUGAAUCUUCGUCUCAUCCGACUUGCAUUGCUCGUGCAGAUUUCAACAAUGAUACUCAAAUGGAUAUUGUUGUCACUAAUAAUGGUACGAAUAAUAUAAUGAUACUAUUUGGAUCAGGCUAUGGUACUUUUAUCAGUCAAAUGACCUAUUCAACUGGCGUGGGUUCUCAACCAUCAUCAGUAGCUGUUGGAGAUCUUAAUAAAGAUGGUCGAUUGGAUAUUGUCGUCACUAAUUCAGGUACCAAUAAUAUUGUUGUUUUUCUUGGUAAUAAUAUAAGCAGCUUUUCAAAUCCAAUGACGUACUCUACUGGUCUUCGUUCUCAACCAAACGCAGUAGCUAUUGUGGAUUUCGACAAUGAUGGUCAACUGGAUAUUGCCGUAGCUAGUUACGGUGCGAAUAGUAUGGGUGUUCUUUUAGGUUAUGGCAAUGGUAGUUUUAUGAAUCAAUUAAUAUUUCCUACUGGUUUUGAUUCACAUCCGAUUGCACUCGCUACUGGUGAUAUCAACAAAGAUAAACUGACCGAUAUUGUCGCCGUUAAUGAUGGUUAUGGUAAUAUAGAUAUUCUUAUGAAGACAUGUUAA